GCGACUGCAACUACUAUCCAUGGAGCCCAAAGAGAUAAUCACUAUGACCUCAAAGACUGGCAAGUGGUUCAAGAACUCUACCAAAAAUAUUCAUCUUAAGUUCUUGGUCACCACCUUGGUCUCUCUCUUCGUGGUUUCCUUUAUGAAUUUUGAGGUUUUCACCUCUUACCAGGCCGAUUUGAACACGGUUGAUAUUAUUCAUUAUUUGAGCACCUCAAACAAGACGGUGAUUGAUGAAGUUGAUUUCAGACUUCCUGGUAUCAUUCAGGAUAGUUAUCUGAGAAACCAAGACUUCUAUGCUAGUAACUACGAGACUUCAACCAUAAUCUUUUCUCCCUCCAUUACGAUCAGCAAAAACUAUAUCAACAUCCAUUUAUCAGAAGGACAUUUUAACUUUACCACCAAUACGGUUAUCAGAGAUGAAAGUAGUAUGUUCCACAACGUAUUCCUGAAAACUCUUGAUGACAGCAAUAUGUUCGUUUUCAGAAACCAAAACUUGACUCAAUUUAUCCGUGCUCACCUUCUUCCUUUCUAUGAGGGAACUAGGUAUUUAAAAGGGUUCGAAGAAUUCGAUAAGUUCAGGCUUUUGAUCCACUUGUCCAACAUGGGUGUAUUGUUUUCAUCUACUGUUAUCAUGUUUAUCUUGAUCAUAAUUGAUAUAUGCUAUCAUACUCCUAGAGGCUUGCUAGUGAGAAUGUGUGCCUCGGGUUUGUUUUGUGGUUUUAUUACACUGUUUGGCUUCCAAAUUUUGAAUUUGGUGACAUUAAUAUUGAUGAACCUGAAGUUUCCUAACAAGAAAUUAACAUUAUCCUUGAUAAUGGUAAUUUGUGGAUUUCUUAAUAGUAUCUGCUUAUCUAUUCUCAUCUCCCGUUUUGUUCUUCACCUGGUGGACUUUUCCAACUCUGUUAACGAAGUUUCACUGAGACUGAAUCCACAAUAUCCAAAUUCUGAGACAUCGAGCUAUUAUCCCAGUGACUCUUCUCCUGAAGAAAGUGGAAAUGGAGGAAGAGUGUACUCAGGUUCAAUUCAAGUUCCAAAGACAAGGUCACCUAAAACAUCCAAUUUAACUCACCAAAGAAGUUACACUGCUCCUUUGCUUAAAUCUCCAGCUGAAUCAGACAGCACAGGAUUUGAACAACUUAAAAGUGGCCUUUACGAAAAGUCCUCAUUUAUUCCCUCAGCCAAGGCUAAGUUCUCAAGUGUUGGCUCAAAUGGUGAACAUGAUAUUCACAUUGACCCAAUUGUUUCUGAGAAUGGCACCUCUAGCCCAGAUCCAGUUGAUUCAGACAAAAACAAUGAAGAUUUGAAACUAAGAAGAGUUCUGGCUAACUCUCAUAAAGAAGAUAUGUAAGCUUAAGGAUUUCUAAAUACAGGGUAAUAAUAUACAGUAUGUUAACUUACUUCUUUUAGUCCUUAGUCGUCAUCUGGUGAAGGAUUGAGACUCAACCGUUCUUCCAAAGAAGGCUUGAAUGGCCAACUCUCGAAUGCCUUAACAAGUUCAUGAAAGUCUUCACUUGUUAAAUCUCUAGGGGUCUUUUCCAAGAGGUGCUUGAGCUUGGGGCCCAAAUCUUCUUCUGCUCCAGGACUUAGGUAUUUCAAUGCUUCUUGGAGGGGAUGGGUUCUUCUGUACAUCAAAAUCUGGGCUAUAUAGUCCAAAUAAUCUGUGUUGAUAUCCACUGUUUGUUUUGGAUUCACCUCAACAACUGCCAUUCUGGUUGGAGCCGGGUAUAUGGUUGUCAAAGGAACAAUCACAGGCUGGUCCUUUACCAAUAAAUUUGGGUCGUAACCAUACCCAUCUGGUGCAUAGUUAUCACCUUCCAU